AUGAACGGUAUGCCACGAAAUGAUAAUACGGAUUCUAAAAAUUCUAAAAAUGUUUAUAAUGAUAAAACAAGGUAUUGUUCCAAAAGUUUGUUUCAACGUACAUUGAAAAAUGGAGAGAUUCAACGCCGUGAGUGGUUAAUUUAUUCAGAAACUAAGGGUUCUGUAUUUUGUGUUCCAUGCUUAUUAUUUGGUAGAAGUGUUGAAACGAAUGCUUUUACUGGUGAAGGAUUUCGUGAUUGGAAAAACUCAAAAGCACGCCUCGAAGGUUAUAAAAAUUCUGAUUUUCACAAGACUAACGUUAGUUAUUUCAUAGCUCGAGCAGUAAUUCACGAGCGUGUUGAUCAACGUCUAAUAAAACAGCUGGAUGAGGAAAUUACAUACUGGAAAAAAAUCUUAUACCGAGUCAUUGCAAUUAUUAAAUCACUAGCAAUAAGAGGAUUGCCAUUUCGAGGAAAUUCAGAACGAAUCGGAGAUCCCCGUAAUGGAAAUUUUUUAGGAACAGUAGAGCUUCUUGCUGAAUUUGAUCCAUUUUUGUCUAAACAUUUAAAAUUGUACGCGCACCCUGGUAGCGGAAAUACAUCGUACUUAUCUAAAACAAUCUAUGAAGAAAUUAUAUUAUUGAUGCAGAAUAAAGUAUUACAACAAAUUUCUAGUGAGGUGCAAUCUGCUAAGUAUUUUGGUAUAAUUGUUGAUUCUACGCCUGAUAUUGCACAUGUCGAUCAGCUUACUAUAAUUAUUACAUAUGUACGUGAUAACGGUGAAAUUGUUGAAAGGUUUCUAGAAUUUUUACCAAAUAUCGGCCAUAAAGCUAAAGAUAUUGAGAAUGCUUUGUUGAAAUCUCUAGAAAAUAAUGGUUUGGACAUAAUGAACUGUCGUGGUCAAUCUUAUGAUAAUGCAAGCAAUAUGUCAG